AUGAAGACCACCAACGUUCUCUAUGCGCUUCUGGCCGCGCCUGCUAUUGCUCAACCCCAUGCUGGACACGGUCACGGCCGCUUCCACAAGAAGCGCGAUCUGGUUACCGAGUAUGAAACCGAAUAUGUCACUGAGUACGUGACUGAGUACAUCGAUGAGACAACCACUGUCUUCUUCUACCCAGACGCCACCACUGAGUCUACUGAGGCUUCGUCCUCUUCCACUGGUGUUGCUGGGCAGUUCUUCGAAGGCGACACCACUACCAUCGCAGGAGUUCCUGUCGAGACUCCCACGCCAGUUGAGGUGUCCACACCUCCUGCAACAACUCUGAUUCCUGUAGUUCCUGAGACUACCACAUCCGAGGAACCUGUGUACACCCCACCGCCGGUCGAAGUCUCAACUCCCACCCCGACGCCUACAACUGAGGCUGCCGCUCCAACGACGACGUCGUCAGCUGAUACCGGUGGUGGCAACAGCAGCGGACAAACGUACAGUGGUGACAUGACUUACUACACCGUUGGCAUGGGUGCAUGUGGUGAAAAUGAUACUGGCAAGGAUGACUCGGAGAAUAUCGUAGCUCUGUCUCAUGAGCUUAUGGGCACGCAAUCGAAUGGCAACCCGUACUGUGGCCGCACAAUCACUAUCAGCUACAACGGCAAGACCACUACUGCUAUUUGCCGUGAUAAGUGUAUGGGCUGUGGCAUUGACGAGAUCGAUGUCAGCACCAAGGCGUUCUUAGAAAUCUUUGGAGACCUUGGCGUCGGCCGUCACACUGUUGACUGGUGGUUUUCUGACUAG